AUUGGCGACUUGCCAUUCAGGCCGUAACACGAAAUCAUGGCUUGAUAGUGCCAGAUGGAGUGCCUGUACGGGCAGUCGUUGUCAAAUUUGUUCGAGACCGCAUUUCGCAACGAGACUGACGCAGUAUGCCGAGAAUCUUGUGUUCUUAUGUGCUACGGGACCCCUUUGUGGCACGGGAAAGAGACGCGAGCCGUUAAAUCCCGGAUGAUUACCUCGAGUGUUUCAUUCACGGUAGAUUCAGGGGCUCCGUUGAAGACACAAAAACUGUCCGACAGUCACCAUCGAUCCCACCACUAUGAAAAUAUUCCUUUCAUUAAGAAACAGGGCCCCUGCUUCUGCCUGUAUUGUGCUCAUUAGUCCAUCCCAGUUCUCCAGGAACACCACUCGAGAGCUGAAGCCUGAAUGAGAAUCUCCCAUCAUGAAGUCAAACAUCAAUUUACCCUUUUCGGGACAUCUGCUAGCUCUUACUAUAGGCAGCCAGGCCUUUGCAGAGCAAACAGCUGCUCAAUCGACGUUUGGUGGCAAAGAUAGUAUCUCUUCCCUUGCCCCAGCCGCCUCAAACGCUGUCGAGAUCAGCAUGGAGACAAAGAGUCCCGUUGUUACCUUGGGACCUAUUCCCGCGAUGCAAAUCUUCGAAUCCUUGACGGAUUGGACGUCGACCGUCACAGCAACGACCACCGUCACCACCAUGACUACCACUAUCAUGGUGCCUCGUCCAACUACCGACAUGCCAUUUUCUCCCACGACAAACAUCGCCGGUCGGGCCAAGCCUGUUGUUGGGAUCCUCGGUGUUGUUUUUGGGCUGACUUGGGCUGCCAUAACGCUGUAGGGAGCUACAGCUCGCAGCCCCAGAUAUGCUAGAGCCGGAUAGAUGGGAUGCUGCCAACUCUGGGUGAUAACAGCGUGGGAAUUAUUUUACCAGGUAUGGUAAAUAAUUAGGCCAUGUUAAAACAGCUAGGAUCUUGUAUUACUCAGAAAGGGGUGUUAUGUCAAUCCGUGUUGAAUACUUUCUCACGAAUCAAUCACUGUUGGCAUGGUUGGAGGGUAAAAGGAAUACGGGUUACCUGGCUCCUGAGAUGCGAGAAGUUGGAGUGUUUCACCCCAUGUAAUACCCAUUUUGAGUAGAAUGUAAUUUUAGUUGCAAUCUUCUAUUUGG